AUUUCGACAUCAAAUUUGACACAACAGCUCAUAGCCACAAAUGUCUCGGGACUUGGGACUACUAGUGUUCCUCACGUGCUGUCUUGUCACACUGGUCACGUGCGACUUCGCGUGUUUGUGCACGUAUGCUGUAGAAACCGAGGUUCACGCAGCGAAAGAUUCAGCUUCAACAUUACUUGACGGAAGAUGGACACUGUGGUCCCAAUGGAGCAUUUGUUCUGUGACAUGCGGCGGGGGAUUUUAUCAGCGUAGCCGUGAGUGUUCAAAUCCGACACCCUCCCCGUAUGGACAACAAUGCAUAGGACAAAGUAUGGACGUUAGUGUCUUCCAAACCCAGCUAUGCCCACAAACAGACGGUGGCAGGACAUAUUGGACUGUAUGGAGUACCUGCAGCGCCAUGUGUGGGGGCGGAAGUCGUCAGCGGUACCGAGAAUGCACCAACCUACCGGCAACAAAUAACGGGGCGCCCUGUCAUUGGUCAAGUGUGGAUAUUGGCGUGUGCAAUGACAAUACGUGCGCUUUACAAGCUCGACUUGUAUCUGGUCGCCUUGGGGAACUGUUUGUGAUGACAGCUUCGACGUCAAUGCAGCUCGUGUUGCCUGUCGGAUGCUCGGGUAUUCUGUACGACCUCGUAUGCCAGGGGUAUGAAAGAACCUUGCUUGAAUGCCGCCAUUCUGCAGUAUCUCAACAUACCUGUGGACAUUCAGAGGACGUAGGUGUGUCUUGUUGAGACAUCUCGCUAUUUAAAUAGCUUUCACUUUUGGUCUCAUGAUGUGUAUCAAUAAACA